CUUUCAAUGGAAGGCAUGAGGGAGGAGCUGGGAGCCCUUUGCUGCUCACCUGGGUUCAUUGCCAUUGAGCCCUUCAGUCUCUUCAUCAAACACAAAAACAUCUUCGCUUCUAUUACUUUCGUUAGAAGAUUUCUAUAUCAACUUCACAGAGUCAUUAUAUCCUAAUAAGUUCUAUGGAUGUCAAAGGUUGUUUCUGUCUGUGAUUCUUUCGGCCUACUUCAAUCGUCCCCAUGUCUUCCAUUUCUCGCUUACCAGAGUCCACAACCCGGCUUUUGGGCUCUUCUUUAGUCAUUACGACGCCAGUCACUCUAGUCAAAGAACUACUUGACAAUUCAAUAGAUGCAAAAGCGUCCUCAGUUGAAGUCAUAACAUCCGCCGAUACAGUCAGGAAGAUCGAGGUCCGAGACAAUGGUGUUGGUAUUCAUCCAGAUGAUUAUGACGCUCUCGGGAGACGUGGUCACACAAGCAAACUCAGAAGCUUCGAAGAACUAAGGAUUCAAUCCGUCAAGACGCUUGGGUUUCGUGGGGAGGCAUUAGCAAGUGCAAAUUCCUUGGCUCAAGUCACGGUUACCACCAAAAUCGCCUCAGAGCCCGUUGCGGCUAUUCUUCAUAUUGUACCAGGCAAAGGAGGUGUAUUGAAACAACAACCCACGUCAGCGCCGGUCGGAACUACAGUAAGUAUCACAAGUCUGUUCGGCAAGUUACCUGUUCGUGAGCAAGUCGCCAUCAAGGAGUCCGCAAAAACGAUUGAUAAGAUUCGCGAAGUCCUUCGCUCCUAUGCUAUGGCAAGACCUCAACUCAGGCUCUCGUUCAAAGUCCUGCACUCACCAAAGCAAACUUGGUCUUACUCGCCAAAACCAGAAGCGUGUGUGAAGGAAGCCGCGAUACAGCUCUUCGGGGCAGAGAUUACGACUCAUUGCUUUGAGCAGACAUUUGAGAUAAACGAGCUUCAGGGCCAGCGCCAGAGUGAUGCUUUGAACAAUCCUAAUCCUCCAUCAAGUGGAAAUUAUGUGUUCGAAACACUUAUUGUCAAGCCAAAUUGUGACCCUUCAAAAGCACCAAAGCAUCAGUAUUUCUCUGUCGACGGCCGCCCUAUCACAGGUAAGGGAGGUACCAUGAAGAAAUUGCUAAGCAUCUACAUCGAGCAGAUAUGUACUGCUUUCCGGCAAAGUUCCUCGGUUACUGUACCAAGGGACUGCUUCAUUCGGCUAAAUAUCAAGUGUCCUCCUGGGAGCUAUGAUGCAAAUGUUGAGCCAUCUAAAGAUGACGUCUUGUUUUCCAACGAAAAUGUAGUGCUUGAUGGAUUUAGGGACUUGUGUAAGGAAGUGUAUGUGAUGUCUACACUCAGCAAUUCGGUAGAGCAUAGCUCUACGUUAGACAAAAGGGAUGGGCCAGCAACCCAAGAUUCAUCAUUCACUGAGCUACAGGGGCAGUGCCGCCCUCAAGCAGGCAAUAGGGGAAGUAUCCCGUUGCAGGUGCGAGACCAUACAACGUCACAGCCGACAUUUUCAGCUCAAUCUAAACAAGAGUCAAUCAUAGACCAUCAACCUCUGUCUAUACACUCACAAGAAGCCCUACAAGAGGCAUCUGAUCCUAUAAAUAUCGGUUUCACGCCAAUAAAUACGCAAAUGUUAACUACCCAGAACGACUCCAUAUCUACAGGGGUACCGAGAUCCAAGGUAAUAUCGCCAAAUACCAGAUCUACUCGAUGUCAAGUCGACAUGUCCACAGAUUUUAACGAAUACAACCAUAAUUAUCCUAACAAAAAACGUACACAGCCUUCCCAAUCACACAAAGACGGGGCUGAUGCCGUCGAAUACUCGACUCUACAAGAUGUAAAUCCAUGGGCCAUUGCUAAGGCAAAUGCGCCUAACAGGAGUAAGGAACAGACUUUUAGGGAUUUGGCAGAUGUGGAUAGCUCAUCGUUACCUGUAUUAGAACCAUCAAUGACCCCAGAUCCCCCUAUCCUUCGCCACACAAGAGCAGUACCUCGGGAUCUUGAUGUCCCACUAAGCCAGCAACGCUUGUUUCCGCAAGGUGGUUCCCGUCAAUUUCGACCUAAAGUACCAGGUGGCCCGUAUCAUAGCCCAAUGUCAAGCCCGCCUGAGAUAGCUUCGCGGAAAGCAACGUAUAGCGCCAAUAUGUCCGCUCCUCUUAUGUCACGACGUCGUCGUGAUUAUGCACCAUGGUCGCCACCUUCAUCCGCGGAGAGAACAAUACCUAAUAGCGAUCUCUCGCUUAACAAUGCACCAGAGCGAGCCUCGGAGAGCAUGAAGCAAACUCAAAUAUCCUUUAAGGGUGCUGCAAGGAAAUCUAAGAAGCGACGACCUGAGGAGGACAUUGUCGAGGUAGAUCAUCUAGAUCUACAAGAUCGGGGACACAAUAGCGAGAAUGGCCUUCAGAAGAUGCUAGCAGCAGCAAGACGAAGCCUCAACCAUCAAAUUUCUCAGGAGAAAGACAGUCACAGCUCUAACCAUAAAUCUUACGAGGCCCAUAUACGCGCAAAAGCCGGUGCGCAACGUCAACCAUUUACCCAGUCAAAUCUUGAUCAUGCCCAAGCAGGAAGCAGUUCGAACAUCAAAGAGCCGAUCAAAACGACCCUGCCUCAUGAUGAUCCCAGAGCGUAUCUCUUGCGUCGACAGAAGUCGAUGACUGCACAGGAAAACAGCGCAAUUCCGAAGAAACCCAGGCGAAUGAAAAGUUCUCUCUUGCCGCUGGAGAAUGUUCCAUCUGAUAACCAGAUGCAUUUUAUGGUUUUGGUCGAGGCGUUGAGUAUCGAAGCUUUGCGCACCUCUAUGAAGGGAGGCGUGGCUUACGAUAAAUACAUGGAAAGAGGGGCCGUUAAGAAUGGUCUCGAAAUGGACCUUGACACAGGCCACACAGUCGAAGAUCGCUUAAUGUCGCUGCUUCAGGGGCGCCGCGGUAUGGCUGAUGGCGAGGAAGCAGAGCUUGAGAUUGGCCUCUGUUCUUUACUGAAAGGAAAAGGCGCCGCAGUUGUUGCUUGAGCAUAAGAAGGGGAACUGGGUGCUAAUUGGCGUUCUAAUGAUCCUCUUAUCGGCUGAUUGUUUCUUGCUAGGAGAAAGCGAACAUGGGAGAAUCGAGCUGACACUAACUUGAGCUAUAUAUGACGAGCUAUAGUACCAGACGCUUCAAUGAUUGCUAUGUAUAUGGGGGAAGAUCAUGUGGAUUUAUCUUCGUUUGUCACGUAGCUUUGAAGGGGGCUUUCAUG